AUGCAGCAGACUGCACACCAGUUGACUGCUGCAUCUCUCCACCCAGUUCAAACAGCACUGCCUCAGCUGAUAAGUGCUUUUGUGCCAGAAGGCGGGCGAGCCCCGCGGCCUAGUCCAGCCGAGCUGCGCCUCCCGCCCUUCCCUCACCGCUGCUGGGCGUCCCUCAGCGCCGCCGGCUCCGUCUUCCCCUCCGUGGCUGCGGCGGCGGCGGCGGCGGCGCCUCCUUCCUCGUCCCUCCCCGGCUUCCAGGGGGCGGGAAGGGGAAGAAGGCGUCGACGUCGGCGCUGGGCUCCGGGCCCGGAGGGACGGACGGAGGCGGAGACUGCAGCACGCCCCGGCCCGGCCCCGAAGGCGCCCGCCCGCCCGCCGUGGCCGGCCUUCCCGAUCCUCGCCUUCCUUCUCCCUCCCUCCCGACUGAGCAGCCAUCCGUUCCCGCGCUUCCCUCAGAAACGCAAUGGCCGGCCCCAGUCUCGGUCGCGGCCUUCCUCGGCUCCCGCCGCCCGGGCUUUUGUUUCCUCGCAGACCCGGCUCGGCCUGCUCCAAAGCCGCCAGGCGCCCUCCCGAGCCGGCCUUGCUCGCCUCAGAGAUGCCCCCCGAUAUGCUAAACCCCUCUCCCGUUCCCAAGAGGGCUUCUUCUCCCCUCGCCUCUCUCUCUCUCUUGCAUCCCUGGUUCCUUGUGGCGCCUUAUCCAGGCCUGACGAGGCUUUUCGUGCGGAUUUUUCUGUUCUGUUCAAGUGCCUGAGUCAGACCUAAGCACAUCUCGUAAUGGGUCUACAGAAGGAAAGUGACUGGAACUGCUGGAACAGGCAAGGGGAUACCCUUCUUUACUCCCAACAUGUCAGGUAAAGUGUACUGCUGAGUCGCAACCCACUCAUGACCACCCCGUGAAGUUCCACCGAAUGGAGUUUUCAAGGCAAGAGAUGGACAGAGGUGGUUUGCCGUUGCUAUCCUUGCGUAGUAGCCCUAGUCUUCCUUGAUGAUCUCCCAUCCGAGUACCAGCCCAAGUUUAUUGUGCCAACAGUAAUCCUGAAGACAAAAACAUUUGCUUUACCUUUCCAGGUAGUCACUGUCUCAUUAAACAUAUUGUCAGUAAAAUGUCUCACACCCAUGUAGACAUGCAUUCUUGGUGUCUGAUGUAAAUCUUUUAGCACAUUUUCCUGGAGAUACUUCAAAAUUCCAGACGUGUGCUGAGGCCAUCCGAAGAGACUCUGCUAACAGAGACUGCAUGUGGUGGAGCUGGAGGAGCCAGAAUCACAAGUGGGGUGGCCAAGUCCAGUUUGGGAAAUUCUUGGAGUUUUGGAGGCAGCGCUUAAGGAGGGUGGUGUUUAGAGAGACUGGAGUCCCCCCACCCCACCCCGACAACUAGCCCACACAUGUUUUCACAAGCCUGGAUAUUCACAUAAGUAUUUUGUUGGCCAUUUGUGGUCCAAAGGGGUGGGGAGAACCAACAUCAAUCAAGUGUUUAGUUGACGAGACAAUUCUCAUCCCAAGUAGCUGAGAGACAAACUAGAUGUUUCAAUGGGCACAGGUCUGACUGGUGGCCACCAACACCAUUUUAGAGAGGAAUUUGGCCACUUAAACAGUGCUGGCUGUUUGAGCACUUGAAAAGGUGUGAGGGGAAGGAUCUUGCUGUGGCCUGACAGCACUUUUAAAACUGCUGAAUGCUUCUGCUGUAACAUCUGGCUUCACCCUAAGUAGGUGGCUCCUUUCAGAGCUGGUGUAAGAUAGAGUGUAGAUGUGCAGAGUUUGCUCCUCCCCCUUUUAAAAAAAUACUGUCAGGGAAGUCAAAGAGGAAAAAGUUGUAUAAAAUUGUAAUAGAUGUGUCAAGAUGAAAAAAGCCCUCCGAACACAGAGGUAUUGUUUUUGGACAGAGCUUCAAUUAAUGCAGUAAAAGCUGCUAAGGCAUCUUGUGAAAAACAAGGGCUUUAUUGUUCGGGGGUGUAAAAGAAAGAACAAGUAGCAAGCAAUACAGAGGACUGAGAGGGACCAGCCAGUAAACCACUUCAACUAAACAAUACAGGAACACAAAUGUCCUGCCUCUGCUUUUAAUCCUGUACUUCCAUAAAUAAAUUGUUGUACGCAUGGACUGUUCGUUCAUAUACACACAUAUGCCAAUUCCACACUGCAGCACUCACUUUAAAAUCUUGUGCUGGCUGGAGGAAGAAUUAGGGUGCAUAUGUGUAUGCUUCUCAGAUCUAUCCAGAGCACUCCUCCAUUGGCAGAUUGUGACUUCUGUAGCAUAUACUAUUGUGUGAUUGCACAAAUAAAGAAAUGUGGUCAGA